AUGUCCCCGCGAGAGUAUGACGUCCUUCCCCGCGCCAGCACACUGGCUCAACUGCCCUCCGAAUAUCCCACAGACGCGCAGGACCUGAUCGCUCGACAUCUAGAAGACGGCACCAAGCCUAAGAAGAGUCUCCUGAUAGCGCUGGAUGAUGACCCCACCGGCACGCAGACCUGCCAUGACAUCAUCGUGCUGACCGUCUGGGAUGUGCCGACGCUGGUCGAGGAGUUCCAACGACCUGGUUCACGGGGACUCUUUAUCCUGACCAAUUCUCGUGCUCUGCCUCCUAUCGAAGCAGAGAAGCUGAUCCGCGCUGUGUGCGAGAAUGUCGCCCAGGCAGCCAGGACGACUGGCCAGGGCGUGGAGAUCGUGCUGCGAGGCGACAGCACCUUGCGGGGACAUUUCCCGCUAGAAACAGACGUUGCGCAGUCGGUGUUUGGCGACGUCGAUGCCUGGGUCCUGGCGCCGUUUUUCUUCCAGGGUGGGAGAUUCACCAUCAAUGACGUGCACUACGUCGCAGAGGGAGAGCAGCUGGUGCCUGUUGCGAAUACACCGUUCGCCAAGGAUGCGACGUUUGGAUAUAAGAGUUCCAAUCUGAGGGACUAUAUCAUGGAAAAGGCGCCGGGGAGGUUUCGUCCCGAGCAGAUAUUUUCAGUUACCAUCGAGGACAUUCGAAGGGGUGGACCGGACAAGGUCGCUGCCAAACUGGUAGAUCUUCCUCGGAGAAGCAUCGUCAUUGUCAAUGCGGCUGCUGAGUCGGAUAUGCACGUUUUUGUAGCAGGAUUGCUGCAGGCUCAAUCCCAAGGCAAGCGAUUUCUCUACCGAACAGGUGCCGCCUUCGUCUCGACACGCCUGGGCGUCCGGUCCAAGGCCCUGGUGACAGCGUCGGAGCUGAACCUGCCUGCGCCCAGACAGACCGGCGGGCUGAUCAUUGCUGGAUCCCACGUUCCUAAGACGACUGCCCAGCUCAAAGUCCUGAUAGACCGGCGUGGUCCGCAUCUGGCCGUUCUCGAGCUCAAUGUCGAAGAACUGAUCUCGUCCAAAGAAAACGCCGCUGCGGCAGUGGCAAGAAUUGUCCAGGAGGCAGAACGCCAGCUGCGGUCAGGGAAAGAUACGCUCGUGAUGACAAGCCGGAAACUCAUUACGGGAGACGACGAGCUGUCGUCGCUGGCCAUUGGGACGAAGGUGGCUGAGGCGCUAGGCGGAAUCACCUCCUCCGACGCAGCCACCAAAGGACUCAACAUCAAACGCGCCCUGGUCGUCGGGCAGGCCGCGCCGGGCAUUCCUCUCUGGCGCUGCGACGAGUCGACGAGUCGACAUGUUGGGGUGCCAGACCCUGCCUACAUCACUGCUCCAAAUAAUAAGGCAGAUCUCGCAAAGGGGAGGCAUGAGUAUGACAUCGUCCAGGGAGUGAAGAUGGGGAGGAGGAGCGAUAUCGAUGUGGAGGCUGUCCUUGCAGAGGACAGGAAGCGGAUGAGAGUGUGGAGCUGA